AUGGAGGAGCUCCUUGACAUCGCCACUAGCUUCGCCUCGGGCGAAGAGGCUGUCGGGGCGAUCUUCGACCACUCCAAGGGCAAAGCGAAGCGGGAGGAGGACGCCGACGAAGGUGCCUCCAACCGUCAACGAAAGAAGAAGAACAAGCAGCGGUGCAAGCCACCCCUCGUGGCCGCGAAGGCGUACAAGUGCGACGUAGAAUGCUGCGAGUACGCCGGCGUCCCUGUCCUCGUCGCGGCCUCCGGAGAAGGCACCUCCGCCUCCACUGCCGCUGCCCCCUCUGCCGCAGCUCCCCGGGCGGAUGUCCCCGUCUCCGUCGCCGCCGCCUCCUCCGUCGCAGCCGCCGAGGUGGGCGUCCCCGCCUCCUCCACCGCCGCUGUCCCCGCCGUGGCCGCAGGGGCAAACUCUCUCUCCUCCGUCGCUGCCGCCGUCCCCAUCACAGCCGCUGGGGCAACCGCCCCCGUCUCCACCACCAUCAUUCCCUCCACCUCGUCGUCGUCGAGGUCAAUCACCUCCUCGGCCUAA